AUGCGCAAAGGACUCAGUAAGGACCCAAAAUAUGCUGAGCUGAUGGGAGAGGAUAUCAUUGGCAUAUAUCUCUCAACGGAGCCAUUUUGCCUUUUACAACAGGCGACGGAAGAUGAUGAACCGAAACUACGGCGAUUCGUCAACCAUCAAGAAGACAUUCACGACCCGCGUCUGAUCAAUCAAGGAGAACACGGUAUGGUGAUUUUGGUAGAUAUUAAGGGGAGCGAAUAUGCUGUGAAAAUUUUUAAGCACUGGAAGCAACCCGGACCGGUCUUCUACCUGUAUGAUGUUGCCAUAUACACCUCGCCUCUUGCCCACGAAUGUAGAGCUUAUGCCCGACUAGACUCACGUGCCGAGAACGGAACAUGGGCUGUGAUGUGUUAUGGAUGGAUGAAAUUGACAGACGCACAUUUCAAGGUGCUUGGGGAUGUUACCGACACGUCGAGUUUAAGCCGAUGGGCGAUUAUCAAGGAAUAUAGACCCGUACCGACAGGUCCAUUAGAUAUCCCGACGAUCUUUGCAAACUUCACGGUCCCCCAGAAAGCACGAAUACUUCCCCAAGACGUUUAA